AAACAUUGCAGCGUUUAUAGGCUGCGUGAAAAGUUAUAACAAACGCAAAAAAUUAGGGCGAUAUGGUUUCGCUACAAGUUGCAAUAAUAAUUCUGGCAUUGUUGACGACUCAAUUGGACAGCUAUGCAGUUUCGGGCUAUUCGGUAGGCAUGCCAUUUGAAGUUACAUCAAUUGAAGACCUGUCGUCAUCGGUGGAAUCGGACACUUCAUUUGAAACCACGACACCAUGCCCUGCUGCGGAGACUUUGAAUACUCCAGUGAUUGAAACUACAACUGCACCAAUACCCGAGAGUGCCUUCGAGAUUUCAGAUCAAUUUGGCUCACUUCCAGAGGCACGUCAGUUUGCAGUAGUCCAACAGAACUUCAACAUUACUGGACCUUCGACACGUAAUCGGAAAAAGACAUCGUGCCUCUGUAAGGAGUGCAACCCUGAGAAUGGUUUCUACAUCAAGCACUUCCGUCAGUAUAACUAUUACUACCCACAUGGCAGAAGCCUUGGAGGACACCAUAUCCCACAUCAUUUGAAUCUCUUUAGCUCUGAUGAAUUCUUACCAAGCGAUGACGCGCCCAUUGCUUCGAGUGUAGUCACGGCUAAUAAUUUAAAUGUAGUGAGCAGCAGCAAGAAAAGUUCAAGGCCAACAGUUCGUUAUAGCCCACCGGGAGUAGCUUCUUAUGUGCCAAAUAAUGGUUUUAACUCGGUAUACCAUAACCAUCAGUCUAGUACGGCAACUCGUCAUCAUCAAAAUGACGAUGAAUACGCUAGAGGCCAAUCGUCAGGGUCUGAUGAGAACUUAAGUCAAAACGGCGAACAGACGUCAUCUGAUGAAUCACCAGAGCAGACAACUGAGCCAACACCAUCGCAGAUUGAUAUUGAGUCCGCAACAACGAUUCCCUUAGACGACAACGUUAGCGAAGACAUAAUUUCCUAUUUGUCAGAACCAAAUGUUUUUGGUCAUGCCCAAACGACAACAUACAACAACAACAAUGGCAACAACCAACGUUUCCAAUCGCAACGAGUUAGUAUUUCAUCGCAUUUGCAAUCUCAAUCGCAACCGCAAAAUUAUGCAAACUCUGAGACUCAGCAACAAGUUGGUAUGUCGUCAAGUGUUCGGUCACAGGGUUCUGAGCAACAUCAACAACAAAAACAACAACAGCAAAUUGGAUCAUCAUCCAGCACUUAUCAAUCAAGCUCUGAAUCAAAACAACAGGAAAGUGUAACAUCAAACAACAAUCAUCAAUCACAACCGGAAUCAAGUUCAGCUGCUCAACAACAAGUUAGUGUAUCCUCAAGCAAGCAGUCGCCAAUUGUGUCGAACUCUGAGUCUCAACAACAAAACCAAAUUUCAUCCAGCACUUAUCAAUCACAAACUUUGCCAGCCUUUGGAUCAUCAGCAUCCUCAUCAAUUAACUGGGCCAAUGAUUACGAUUUUGGUAGCCCGAAUAGUAUGACAAUUGGCUAUAAUCCUUAUUACCAAUCACAACCAUUUGGUGUGUUACCAAUAGUCCAGCCACCCCUAGUACCUACAGUUCCUGUUUCAAGACCAAAGAAGCCAAUGAAUUGGGUAAGAAGUCCAUCAGUCAAACCAACAGCACCACUUCCCGUGCAGAAUAAGCCAAACACAUGUCAGUAUUUUAACAAUCGAGUUAGAAAUUUGCCAAAUUUUUCGCUACCACCACCACCAUUGCCACUUUUUGAUUUUACAAAUAUGUCACCAUACUAUUCGGUUAUUCUUUAAGGAAGGAAAGUAUUAAGAAACGAGAGGAAAAAGGAACGAAUCGAAAUUUAAAUUUAACUUAACUAUAUUAUAUUUAUAUUGUGCAUAUUUAUGA